AAAUUUACAGCACUCGCAUUUCUAAAGAUAAUAAUAUACUAUGAAGAGAAAAAGGUGGAUUUAGUGUAGAUAAUUUUUAUUGUUUUGUAUAUGAUGUAAAAUAGCAGCUAUAAAUCCAUUUUUUAUAUUUCUUUUGACUUUUAAAAAAAAUGCUGAAGUAUUAUUUGAAACCGUGAAGUGACAAAGAUUAAAACAAAAUCAACAGAAUUAAGUGUGAAUAUUGAUUGUAAACGAAUCACCUGUUAUACCUUAUCCAAAAUGAAACCAGUCCAGAUGACAAUGAAAAUGGGAAUUGUAAAUUUAUUUACAAGUUCACAUACUCGUUUUUAUAGUAAAGGUCAAAAAAAUAGUUACGACGUACUAGUUGUGGGAGGAGGUAUUGUUGGAUUUGCAACUGCACGAGCAUUAUUAUCACGAAAUAAGCAUUUACAAGUAGGUCUUGUAGAAAAAGAAAAUAGGCCAUCAGUUCAUCAAAGCGGACACAACAGCGGAGUUAUACAUGCAGGUAUAUAUUACAAACCAGGUUCAAUGAGAGCAAAAAUGUGCAUUGAAGGUCUUUAUAAAACUUAUGAAUACUGCGCCAAAAAUAGUAUACCUCAUAAAAAAUGUGGAAAACUCAUUGUUGCCACUGAAGAAUCCCAAUUAAAAAGUUUAAAUGACUUGUACGAGCGAGGAUUAGAAAAUGGCACUCCUGAUAUAAAGUUGAUAAAUGGAAAUGAUAUCAAGACCAUUGAACCAUAUUGUAAUGGUGUACGAGCAAUUCAUUCACCACAUACAGGAAUUGUAGAUUGGGGAGUAGUGACACAACAUUAUGCAACAGACUUUGCAAAUUUGGGAGGUCAAAUAAUUUACAAUUUUAAAGUGAAAUCGUUUGAAGAAUGUAAACAUAACAGAGCACUUAAAAUAAUUUCUAAAAAAAAUAAUGAAGUAUUAGCAGAUUAUGUCAUUACAUGUGGUGGACUACAAUCUGAUAAAUUAUCAUUGAUGACUGGAUGUAAAGCUGAUCCAUACAUUUUACCAAUACGAGGUGAAUAUCUUUUACUUGGCAAAGAAAAAGCGCACCUCGUUAAAGGCAACAUAUAUCCAGUGCCAGAUCCCAGUUUACCAUUUCUUGGGGUACAUUUUACACCAAGAAUGGAUGGCUCUGUGUUUUUGGGUCCAAAUGCAGUUCUGGCUCUAAAACAAGAAGGAUACAGCUGGAAUGAUGUUAGUAUUUCUAACACAAUAAGGCUUUUAAAACUAGAUGGUGUUCAAAAACUUAUGGCAAAACAUAUGAAAUUUGGCAUAAAUGAAACUAUCAAGUCCUUAUUUCCUGCCAAGCAGCUAAAAGAAAUACAAAAUUACAUUCCAGACAUCAAAAAAAAUGAUAUUAAAAAAGGUCCUACAGGUGUUCGUGCUCAACCAUUGUGGGCAGAUGGAACAAUGGCAGAGGAUUUGGUGCUAGACAUUGCGUCAAAUGAUCCUUCAGAUUUAGUGAAGCAUAGAAUAAUGCAUUGCCGAAGUGCUCCAUCGCCAUCAGCUACAUCUUCAUUACCAAUUGGUGAAGUCAUUGUAGACAAAAUGUUUGCAAAAUACCCGAAUCUAAACCCUUUAUCAAAUUGAGUUACCAAUAUUUAUGCUGUAUUUAAAAUAUUAUAAUAAUCUACCUAAGUCAUUUUAGUGAUACUGUGUUAGUAUGAUCUACUUUAAUUUAUGUGGUACAAGUGAUGUCUCAUUUAGUAAAUUUGUUUAAUAUUUAAGUCUCUUAGGGGCUAAUUUGUAAUCAGAGCAUCACACUAAAUAAAUAUGAUGAAUUAAUUUGAAUCAAAAAUCAAAAUUAUAUUACCACCGUAAUAAAUGUGAUAAUGACAACAUGCUAUCUA